AUGGAAGAAGUAAACCAAACAUCAUCAGGAAUUUUUAUCCUUCUUGGUCUAUCUAAUGUUCCACAUCUCCAGGCCAUAUUCUUCCUUGUGUUCCUUGUUAUGUAUGUAAUCACGCUGUCUGGAAACCUUCUACUGAUCAUUGCGGUGAGGAUCAACCCAAAGCUUCAGACCCCCAUGUACUUCUUUCUGAGUAAUCUCUCCGUUAUAGACAUCUGUUUAUCAUCCACCAUUGUUCCCAAAAUUCUCGUAAACACUGUGGUCAUAGAUAGAAGUGUCUCCUUGUCGGGAUGUGCAAUGCAAAUGUAUUUUCAUUUGGCUUUAGGAGCGACAGAGUGCGUUAUACUAGCCGUCAUGGCGUAUGACAGGUUUGUUGCCAUCUGUAGACCAUUGCACUACAACACCAUCAUGAACAAGACGUUGUGCGCUGGUUUAGCAGCUGGUGCAUGGAGUAUGUGCUUCAUGAACUCUGCAGUACACGUUGUCCUCACCUUCCAACUCCCCUACUGCAAGUCCCACCAUGUCAACCACUUCUUCUGUGAAAUGCCUCCUUUCUUUAGACUGUCUUGCCGAGACACUUUGCGUAAUGAGAUAGCCAUGUACAUCUCAGCAGGGAUCAUUGCCAUGUGUUCUUUCUGGUUGACUCUGAUCUCAUACAUCCACAUUAUUUCCACCAUCCUGAAGAUAAAUUCCACGCAAGGAAGACACAAAGCUUUCUCCACAUGUGCCUCCCACUUGACGGAGGUAGCUCUCUACUACGGCACCAUCAUGUUUGUGUAUCUGAGACCCCGUUCCAUUUAUUCUACUGAAACAGACAAAACGGUGUCCAUUCUCUAUACAGCUGUGACACCAAUGCUGAACCCCAUCAUCUACAGUAUGAGGAACAAGGAAGUCAAAAAGGCAGUUAAAAGAGCACACAAGAAAUAG